CACCGAAACACCACCACUCCUUGGAAGAUCAAUCGGCUUGCAGUAGUCAGAGUUUUCUCUGGGACGACUGUGUAGAUGAGACAUUUAUUAUAUAUAUCGCAAUGAAACACUACGGACGCCUCCCCCACAUUUGUGGAACUGUCUCUACACAAGCUUUUGAUGUCCGAUUCGUUUCAAGGUUCGCUUAUGAUUUUCGACACGAUCAUCCGACAAGCGGCAGAUCUCUUCACACAUCCUAUCAUUCGAACACAUCGAUUCUGCAUUGCAAAGAUUUUUUGAAGCAUACCAAACAUUGAACAAGAUGAAGUUCGGCCACGAAUACAAGGUGGCCUUACGCGAUGAGGGUUUCCCUCAGGAAUGGGUUGAGAGCGCAAUCGACUACAAACACCUCAAGAAGGUAAUCAAAAUGGUCCAUGAUGAGCUUCAGGGACUUGGGUUGGAUGCCGCAACACUCGACCGUCUACGUGAAUUAGUCAAGGCGCAGGCCGACCCUCCAGUAGCCGCCCGCAGACCUUCGUUGCCUGCGGGAGAGUUCUACAGCGCCUCACAGCCAGAGCUUGCAACCAUCACUGAGGAAUUUAUUCCACAAUUGAGGAUCCUGGUUGACAACAAGACUGGUACGCCACUCGACGUCAGUCUAGCAGCAGAAACGAAGGCGUCUUUGCGGCGACUGGUGCGUCAUGAAAUGGUCUUGGCAGGGCGACGGGAGCAUUUAGGAAACACGAUUCACGUGAGUCCAAACAACCAAAGUGGCAACGCGCCUGAACAGCAUGACGCCGACGAUGGUGAACUCGACGAGCAAACACAAGAGUCGCUAGACGCGAGAUGGAUUCAAGUGCCUCUGGCGAGCGCCCGAGAUUUCUUCGACGCUCUUGAGCCUAGUUUCGUCCAACUUGACACAAUCAGGGCUACUGAAACGCGAGUUCUGGAGGAAGAAAUCCUUGAUCUCGGUGACGCAGUGACAAAUGUGGUACAGCCAGUCCGAGCAGGUUACGAGACUAAACGCGACAUCAGCUACCGCGAUCUUUACUUUUGGCGCGAAAUGUUCAGAUUAUACAUUGAGAAACCUAUAUUCUACAAAUCGACAGAAAAGAGUCGAGGAGCUUUGACAUUCGCCGAAGCCAAGGAGAACUUGGUCGAAUACGAUACAAAGUUACGAGAGACCGGCCUGCUCGCAAAGAUGAAGACUCCUCAAGCCAAGGUCGCAGCCCAACAAUUCCUCGACCUCAACCUACACAUCCUCAAGACGAUGCAAUUUCAGGAGAUGAAUGCCCGUGCGAUGACCAAAAUCCUCAAGAAAUUCGACAAGCAAACACAUUUGGGCGGCAAUACAUUCAUCAAAGCGCUCGGGAACCAAUACCCGGCCCUCAUUAGCAACCGCAAAAGCAGCGCCGGCGGCUUCUCUGACUCCAUCGCUCACGAUCUACAAGCGGAGAUCGGCUCCAAGGUCCUCGCUAUUGUCCCGCAACUGGACGAUUGGGUAUGCCCUGUCUGUUACGGAAUGGCUUGGCGGCCUGUCAAUCUCGGAUGCUGUCGUUCGGUCUUCUGCAUCCGAUGUAUUAUCAAGCUACAGAGGGAAAAGAUGAAGAAAUGCCCUAUGUGCAAUGCGGAGAAAGUCAUGAAGGCUGAUGGUCGUAAUAUCGACUUUGCAACGAUGGAGUUUCUAGAGACGUUCUUCCCUCUCGAGGUCAAGAGGCGGCAGAAAGAAAAUGAACGGGAGCAAUUAGUCAGUGACUAUGGCGAGGAAUUUGUCAGGAGAGAUUGUGUUAUAAUGUGAGGGAGCAAGCUUUUGAAGGCAAUUUUGGAACAGAUUGGUCGACGGCGUUCUUCUUUGGAUGGCGGCAUUGCAAUUUUGCACAUAAACGAUACCCAGCUGUUUUGGCAAAUGUAUUUAGCGCAUUUUUAUCCGGUUUCAUUCAAAGGUAUACGAAUCCUAAGAGGUCGCAUAUGUGUAUCGGAUACACUAUUUAGACGGGUAGGUUUUGGCUAUACGACAAGGGAGUGGAC